AUGACGAUCCCAGGUCUUUGGGAAAAGUUUACUGAGUAUGGAAUUGAGGAUCAACGUCUUCCCAUAAGGGUAUAUGCCCGGCAAUUUUACAAGAAGAAUGCAAGACAUCUACGAGUGGGAAUUGAUGUUUACCAAUGGAUCUUUGAACUUACCCAGGUACCUUCGCAAUAUAAAGGAGAUGUAGCCAGCAUUGGUGACGAAAAGGUGAUUUUGAAUUUCUGCUCCCGUAUCAGGGAGCUCAUAAAGCUGCAUAUCUCCUUUGUUUUUGUUUUCGACGGCCGUUAUAAGACACAUAAAAGAAGAUGGGGAGAAGUUCUUUAUACUGACGAUGACUAUUAUGCUGAAUACAUUGAAACGAACGAACAGAUACGACAAAGCGGCUUAUGUGAGGAGCCAGGGGCGAAAAUUGUUUAUCUGAUAAAGAAACUACUACAGCUGUGGAAUAUCGGCUAUGUCCAGGCUCCGGGGGAAGCUGAAAUUGAACUAGCUCGAUUGAAUGACUGCGGCGUGAUCGAUGCGAUUAUUAGUAACGAUGCGGACGGGUUUGUGUAUGGGGCACAGACAAUUCUUAAAAAUUUCAGCCGUUGGGUUGCAGAUGCUCCUGCUACGCAGGCAAAUUUAGAACGACAAGAACCAGAAUUCUAUGUGACUCCGUACCGAAUGUCGAAGAUUGAAGAGAUCCUUGGGCUUGACAGGGACCGAAUGGUGUUCCUAACAUGCAUAAAUGGCAGCGAUUUCAGCCAAGGGGUCAGUGGAUUAGGAAUAACCCGUUGUAUUGCGUUGGCUCAAGUAGGGAGCAAGAUAGAGAGCGAAAUCGAUUUUGCUAAAGAACUAAAGCAAAUUUAUGUUGCGGAGGGAAGACAAAGAUUGUUGGGCCUGGUGCCUUUUAGCAAGAACGAGAGAGAGAAAAAGCUAAGCAACUUGAAUGUUUUGCUACAGGAAUCGCUUGCACAAAACAGCAAAGCCUAUUUUGGAAGGAGAUUCAAUGGGACAAUAUCUUUUCCUUCAGACUAUUAUUUCAUGAUCCAUUUUUAUCCCUACUUUUGUCCUGAAAUCUAUGCAUUCAGGAGAUUUGAGACCAAUUGCGUCGACUCACACCCAUCAUUGAUAAGGCUGUCCACACUGCCACAACCGAACUCUCUGAAAAUAUACGAUGACAAAAUCAAACUUAAACGUCGUGGCUCACUUUGGACCACCGUUUACGACGACCAUCCAUCAGAAGAUGUAAUUCACGGUGAUGAGAGUACCAUUGCAUGGUUUGAAAAGCCGAAUUUCCGCGAAAUGUGCAAUCUUCGGCUUCCUCUGCAACGUAGUACAAGAGAUUUUUUGGUGGAGCAUUUAGCUGAAUGCUAUAUGCUCAGGGUGAUCCACAACUUGGAUUAUUUCAAGAACACCGAGAUAUUCGUCAAUAUGUACAAGGAAGCCCAGUUUCCUUUGAAGAGACGCGCCGAUGAAUACUACGUUCCUAUCUGGUCAGAGGAGCAAUACCAGGUGAAAUACAAUCGAGAAUUAGUCUUUGGACGAUUUCUAAAGGAAGGAGAGCUGUAUGAUGAAAACUACCGGCUCAUAGAUUACUCUGAACAAAAACUAGAUUCGACAUGGGUUCCGAAAUAUUUACUUGAGCUGUCACCUGACGGCCAGAAAUUGAUCGAACAAUACGAAAUCAAAGCUGCCCAGAAAAAGUCGCCGCGCAAGUCGCCGCGCAAAUCUCCCAAAAAAUCCCCGAAACGGCAGUUGUCAACUCUUGAUAAUCUUUUACGAUCGCCCAUAAAACGCAAGCUCGAUCCAGGAAAAGAGAGAAGUCGGAGCUCUUCUCCGCUCAAAAACAAACCCAAUCUCUCUUACGAGUCUCCUGAUGAGGAGUCGGAUAUCCUAGAGUCUCCAACCAAGAGACGAAGUCGACUCGAUGUUGACGUAAGCGGGCUCCGAACGUCUCUAUUCAGGAGUCCAGAUGCCAAACAGAACUCUCCCACGAUUGAUUUAACAACCCCACCCAAAGAAGUCAAAGAAAACGCCGGAAAGAAUCCGCAAGAUACUUCAAUUCUCUCCCUUGACACAUCAGAUGACGAAACAGACAAGCUCGAAAAAGAUAUCGAAACGUUUUUCAAGAAGUAA